AGCGUGGCGUUUCUUUGAAUUUGAGGCUUUUCUUACGGUUUACACGGACUUAACAUAGACGUCUGCCAAUGCUUGAUGCACGCAUUGUGUUAUAUGCUUGGACUUACGCGCGUAUCCGUCACGUCACUUCAGGUGGAGAACAGCUGCAGUGUGCAGUGCACCCCGGCGUAUGGCCAUGCCUACCACGUGAACAUCACGGAUGGCCUCUCGUGUGGCGUAGAGAAGGUUUGCAUUCGCACUGAAUGCCGCCGGCAGCCUUCAGUGACCGAGUCUGACCUUUGCAAAAGUGUCCACCCGAAUCAGGCAUCUCAGGCUUCAGGUUACGACGAGUGCCAGUUCCUGUGCUAUGUGAAGAAUCGCCAGACACCGUAUCGAUACUGCCGACCACCAGGAACCGCCUGCACGAAGACCAGUGGAAGACCGGGAACAUGCAACGUCCUAGGAUACUGCAUGAGCAACGUGUGAUGGCUCUAAACGGGAAAAUAAAAGACAGCUUCUUUUUUCAGCUUUUC